ACCAAGCAAAUAGCGAAGCGGUAUGUUAACGAAAGUUCAAAGUUCAAGUUUCAACUGCAUGCAUCUAUUUUAUGCCUGCCAACUUCGUAUUCGACGGUAGAAGAUGGAAUCACCGGUAGAAGAAGUCCCGUCACUCUUUACUGCAGUGACUGUUUAUUCGCUGCUUGCGUGCGGUGCCCAGUUUGCAGUUGGUUACGUAAUAGCACAGAUUUGGGGGAAAAAAUGUUCCAGCACCGAUAGAUGGGUACUUGUAUGGCUUUUUUACGACGCUAUCGUCCACAUUACAUUGGAGGGUCCCUUCGUUUACAUGUCCUUUGUUGGAACAGUUGCGCAAUCAGAUAACAUCUUUGCUGAGCUUUGGAAGGAGUAUGGGAAAGCAGAUGAGCGCUGGCUCCACUCAGACCCCACCAUCGUCUCUCUGGAGCUGCUAACUGUAGUCCUGGAUAGCUUCCUGGCCCUGGUACUGGUCUACGCCAUCGUCAAAGACAAACACUACAGACACUUCCUCCAGAUCACGCUCUGUGUGUGUGAGCUGUACGGAGGCUGGAUGACCUUCUGCCCUGACUGGUUGCUAGGCAGCCCCAACCUCAACACCGGGAACUGGUUGUACCUCUGGGUGUACCUGGUGUUCUUCAAUGGGGUGUGGGUGGUGGUGCCGGGCCUGCUCCUGUGCCAGUCCUGGCGUGCCCUCAAGGGUCUGCACACAGCCCACAGAGACAGCUCUCUGAGGAAGCUCAAAUAGAUAGACAGACAGUGGGGGGGGGGGGGGUUCUUCAUAUUUUCAGGUCAGAUCAAUUAUGGAUUUUUUUUUAACCAAGGUUUCGGUUUAAGGAAGUAGCCUACAUUCCAGUGUGGAUCAGUGGAAUUUCAUUUUUAAAUCUUAUAAUGAUUAUUUGUAAUUGUAUACAUGGCUUUUACUUUGCUACAAAAACAAUUAAGUAAAUAAUUAACAUGAUUUAAUCAGGCCUCUGCUACAAAAUUGUUUACAUUCUAUAGUGUUUAUCUAAAUUACAUCAACUGAUGUAAGUAUUUCUAAGUAUUCGGCAUGUGCUAAAUGCUUUUCUAUCUAUGUCUCCAAUACUUGACUUCUUCGGAAGUUGCCCAUCACAUGAACAUAAAUUCAACGCAAACAUGUUACUUCUCCUAAAAAAAAAAAUCAUCAUAAAUUCCA